AUGAGGACAAAUGCAGUUCCAUGUGAACAAAACUACAAAAAUCGAGAGUGGAAUUUGCAGAUGUGCAACUGUAGUGGCUGCAGUAUUUAUGGCGAAGACGACUCCAGCAAGUGUGACAUUGUGACGAAGAGGAUGAGACUGAGUGAAAGACAAACUUGGGCCUGUAAUACUGGGAGAGAUGAUGGAAAAGGGAAUGGGCUCUCUCCUGGGGUUGGUCUCACACUACGGGAGAAGGUCUUGUUAGCUGUGACUGUGGUCUUUGGUGCUUUGCUCAUAGCUCUAGCAGUGACAGUGGUGGUUCUCAGGCUGAAGCUGUCAAAGAAGAACUCAAGCUGCACGUCAAACUGUAUCGAGUGCGAUGAGGACAAAUGCAGUUCUUGUGAACAAAACUACAAACUCGAGAGUGGAAUUUGCAGAUGUGCAACUGUAGAUCGCUGCAGUAUUUGUGCGGAAGACGACUCCAGCAAGUGUGACACUUGUGACGAAGGACUGAGACUGAGUGAAGACAACUCUGCCUGUAUCACUGGGAGAGAUGAUGGAAAUGGGCUCUCUCCUGGGGCCAUUUUUGGUAUCAUUAUUGCCAUCAUUGUGGUAGCCAUUCUAUUGGCUCUACUGACGGCCCUCAUUAUCUUCCUGGCCAAGAGAUACUGGGACAAGGUCACCUUAAGACAGCUAAGCUGGAAUCUGGACCUUCCCACGGAUCCGAGUAAAGUAACUUCAUUUCAUGUGCUUUUUAUACUGUUGUGUUUGCUGCACAGAACGUUCAUUGUGGUAUUAGUUAUGUGAGUGUAUCUAUAAUGUUAAUUAUUGCGCAACGUCACGGCUACGUAUAAUACACUACCAACCUAGCUGUGUACACGCAUGCGCAGGUUAUUGUCGUGUUGCACGCAUUUAGGGCGAGGCUCGCUUUCUGCAAAAGUUGGGGGUGGAGCUGAAUCGGGUCCCGCGUAAGAGUGAAAAGAUGGAGCUAAGAGUCUUGGUGGCGUUAGCUACUGUCUUUGUCUCUCUACCGUCUUCCUACCAGCAGAGCUGCCUCGAGCCAGUCGCCGCGAAUCUGCAGACUGUGAUAGCUCUACUCAUCCCGACCGGAGACGCCGCUGUACUUCCACAGUCUGUGAACGUUUCGGAUUUCCACGUCGUUUGCCGCGUACACGACAACGUACAAGGCUUGCUUCAAGCUGUGUCGGUCGUGGUGCAGUACACUUGCUCUGGUCACUCCAACUGUCCACCAGGA